GUGACUUUUAUUUCCAAGUCCCGGAAUCCGGAGCUGUACUGAUCGUUAUCACGCAUGGAUUAUGAUUUUAUCGCUGCUUUUGACUUGUUUUUGCUUUAAAGGAAAGUUUAUCAGCACCUCUUUGCAGGUGGGCUGCCUUUCAGCAUCAGAGCCAUGAAUUGCUACUUGAUAAGAUGGGUUGCUUUCAUUUGGAUUGUGAACUCUGUUCCCUGUGCUUUUGGAAUGGUAGUGAGCGAACAAACAGGUGGUGUGUGUCCCUCUUUGAGUGUUGAGGAUUACAGAUUUUCUGAUGUUUUGGACCGUCCUUUACAGAUUACAGGAUUUGACCUCACAGAAAAAUUUCUUCUCCGAAAGGGAACAGUUACAGAAGACCUGCCAUCAUUUCGACUGGGAAGCAGCCCUCUUAUAAAACCAACAAAAUUGAUAUUUCCAGACGGACUUUCAAAUGAGUAUUCCCUGGUCACCAUCUUCCGUGUGAGACGAACUACAAAAAAAGACCGCUGGUACCUUUGGCAAAUAUUUGACCAAUCAGGAAGCAGUCAGGUGUCAGUGGUGGUUGAUGGUGAUAAGAAAGCAGUGGAGUUUUCUUCCCAGGGUCUGCUGAAAAACUCUUUCCGCUACACGUUUAAGAGUCGUGACCUGCAUGCCCUCUUUGAUCGCCAAUGGCACAAGCUUGGCAUUUCUGUUCACAGUGACACAGUUUCCAUUUAUGUCGAUUGCACGCUGGCUGAAAAGAAAAUGACUGAUGAGAGGGACAGCAUCGAUCUCAACGGGCGCACACUCAUCAGUACACGAGUGGAAGAUGGAAGGCCUGUGGAUAUUGAGUUGAGACAAAUUCUGAUCUACUGUGACCCUUACAUGGCUGAAAUGGAAAACUGCUGUGAGCUGCUUGAGCCAAAGUGUGGAGUCAACAGGACAUUUAUUGGGACCUCCCCUCCUCUGGUUACAGCCCAGAGUCCCCUGAUGCCGUCUCAGCCGACCUCACAAUCAAUUGACACAUGUCACUGUCCAGGAGAGAAGGAAGAUGCUGGUGUUCCAGGUGUGCUUGGGCUGUUUAAACAAAACAGGGAAAAAGGAGACAAGGGGGAACUUGGAUCAGAAGGUCAAAAGGCAAUCGAUGGAGAGAGGGGGGACGAAGGCCUGGCUGAAAACCCAGGGCUGCCUGGCCCUCGAGGAGAUAAAGGAGAAAAGGGAUCAGCCGGAGUGCCGGGUCAGCCAGGCAAAGAGGGCAAGAGGGGACGGAGAGGAAAGCCGGGGGAGCCUGGACCAAGAGGCCCACCUGGUCCUUCAGGAACCAUAGAGGGAGCAAGUGCAAAGGUAAUAUCUAAAAUGUUAUCGCAAAACAAACUUGAUGCAUUUAAAGUUAUUAAUGAUGAUAUCUGGACAUUUUGCAAAUGA